GCCUAGCAGUGCCUGUGAAGCGUUACGUUCGCACUAAAAUAAAUAUAUCUCAAAGAUGGCUCCUCGGGAGAAAAUCGAAUUCGUGAUAGUUCGCCUAGCCUAUGUGCCGUACAUUCAUCCGCUGUAUCCACGCAUCAGCUACCAGAUCAGAAAACAUCCUCCCACAGGAUCGAUCAUCCAAGUUCGCGAUUGGUUCGAGCAUGUUAUGAUGAGGGAGCGUUCCAAACUUCCUCCAGAUGUCAACAUACGCUACGCUGAGUGGCGUAUCAUCACCGGGGACGUGGAACUCUUCCAAGUGCAGGGAUGUCGCUUCGACAAGAUCAUGCUGGUGCUGGGAGAGGAAAAUAUAUCGUGGGUUUUCUAUCAGAACAUGCCGCUACAUCGCCGUAUCGAGGGCAGCGCCUGCUUCCCCGUCAGCUACUGCGGCUGCUGCCUGAAUAACCAGUACCUGGACAUUAUGGCCAAGAUCAAGCAAACUGUGUCGAGAAAGAAAAUACGAUGAAAUAAAUACAUUCGAGUACUAA